AUGGGCGAGUGGGGGAGCUCGAGUCAGGUGAUGCGACUCAGCGAGUCAGCCAACUCGGGCCUGGUCAACGAGCGAGUCCUGUUCCUGGUGUUCGAGCACGUGAAGUGGGACAUCCGCACGCUGUGCUGCGUCGCGGCCGUUAGCUGGAAGCUCCGCGCGCUGGCCAAGCGCCUUCUGUGGCGCGAGCUCUGCAUCUCCCGCGCGCCGCGCAUGAUCGCGGCGCUCACCGAGGGCGCCACCAACAGCCGCAUCAUCGGCGGCUGGCCCGCCCUCGCCAAGCUCCUCUUCUUCUGCGGCGGAUGCGAUUUCGAGUCCGCAUCCGCCGCAGUGAGGCAGUUCCGCCUGGGCCGCCCCCUCCGCGGCCACUUCACGGGGGAGUCGCGGUUCUCGAAGACGUCGGGGCGGAGCUUCCUCGCGAGGAGCUGCCGCGGCGACGUCCUCUAUGUGAGCGACCCGUGCGAGCACGCGGAGGGAGGGGGAAACGACGUCGUGGGGAUAUACAGAGGGGUGUUUCGGUCAUUUUUCAAGUCGAGGACGCGGGAGCGGCUGAUCGCGAGGCAGAUCGGGUUCGAGGAGGGGGUGCGGUGCCCGUAUUGCGCGGCGAGGGUGUGGAGCAUGACGGCGGCGCGGCUGAUUCCGCAGAGGACCGCCGCGAGGAAGCUCGGAUCGAGCGGCGACGGGGCGGUGGAGUACUUCGUGUGCCUCAACGGGCACCUCCACGGGCUCUGCUGGCUGGUGCACCUCUCCUCCGACGACGGCGGAGAUGAGGAGGAAGACGAUGACGGCAGUUUCUGCAGCGGCGAUGAAGACGGCGGUGAUCGGAAUUGCAUCAAUUCAGCCAACAACGGUAAUAAUUGAUGCAAUUACAUAAUUAAUCGGUGCACCUCUCCUCCGACGGCGAGGAAGAGGAAGAUGACGACGGUGAUCGGAAUUACGUCGGUCGAGCUAACAACGGUAAUAAUUGACGCAAUUAAUACGUAAUUAAUCGGGAUUAGUAGAAUAUUAAACCGGAAAUGCAAAUUUUAUUAGUUUAAUUAGUUAAUGUUCACUGGCAUCGGUGUGGGGAUAUCUUUUGUAGGAUUAAAAAUUACUAUGAGUUUGGAAAUUUCUAGUUCUAAAUUUCUAAUUAGUAGGAGUAGAAUGAAUUUCGAUAUUUUUAUUUUGUUACUGAGAAAUUUUUUUAGUCGCUUUAUUCGGUUUGUCGUUUACUGAUAUUUUUCACCUUUUUGUAUAUGCGUUGCAUGUGUUGCAUGCAUCAAUAAGUUUGCCUUAGUAUUCAAGGCAAUUUGUGAAAAAAGUCAAAUUUUGUAAUUUUAAACUUAAUUUUUAAUUUUAUUAGGACAAAAUACGCUGAUUUUUAAUUAUAAGACGUUAUUAACAUAAUAUUUCAACAAAUUAGUAGCAUAUUUAAAUUUAAAUUAUGUAUUAAGUCUCUAAUGGAUCAAAUUCAUUGAUAAUAUCGUCCUUGCAUAGUUUUUACGAUGUUAUAUUAAAUAUAAUUUCAUCCAAAUUAUAUUCUUGACUCUUCAGAAAACUGAAAUAUAUUAUAAAAUUGAUGAUUUUUUUUAAGUUAUAAU